CACAACUACGAACUCUCUUGGCCUCAGGUCAUAGCCCACUGGACAUAGGGUCAAUCGUACAUUUGCGUAUCUGGUGCACGGACUAUUUCGAAUAACCAGUUAACCAAGGCUCAUCUCAAUCGCAAGCGGUGCUGGAACGCAACCUGUCACCGGAUAUCGCAUCUGCCACUCAAGAUGUCAUCAUCUUGCAAAUCCGACAAUACCAAAGCCAAUACGAAUUCAAGUAUAAGCUUCACUGGAAAUGGUCCAGCUGCUAUCAUUCCUGGUCCGCCAGUCCCAAGCUGCCCAUUGUCAAAUGUCUGCGUCACGAGAAACGUUGAGCUUCAUCCUGUGACCGAGAAGCGUGCGUCGACGGAGAACAAGAGAAAAUCCACAGAACCGAUGCGCGAUUGCGACGAUCUCGAAAACAGUUCGGAGUGUUCGAAACGCGUAAAGCUCGAUGUCUCCGUGCAUGAGUACCCAAGGGAUCCUCUAUGCUCUGUUAUGAACAAAGAAGCAGCACUUUCGCUGACAAAUAACUUGCACGAGCCAUCAGUGACGGGGACUCCUCGAGAUGAUCCGCAAGUAAUUGCACAAGGCCUUCCAUCCACGGCAGGUUCUGGCGACGCAGCCGUAUGCGUGUGUGGCGCACCUCCCAAGACCGUUAGUGCAGAUCAGGCUGUGGGGAUUAACUCCGAUCUCUCGGAGACGCGUUCUCAAGCUAGAGCUACAGCAAGAACGGGACCAAACGUAGCAGGUGUGAGUGCACGAUCUGCACUGGUCAAGAAACUCGUGACUUCCGUCGAUCGCAUCGAUCCACGGAAGGAAUCUCUGUGGGAAACGGCCUACAGAUAUCGCGUUAAAGUCUUGAUUCGCAUAUAUGGCGAUGAUAUCGUGAAUAAGGUUCUAGAGCACGAGCAAGAGCGUUACUCCAAUAUGCAGCAGGAUCAAAAAGCCAAAAUAGAGGAAUGCGACUAUCCUCUUACCGUGGCUAUGCAAUCCGGCUCUCACAAAAUGGACUUAGAGAGCCGCUCCGCAAGCUCGGACUCAGCCACUCCUCGUGCAGAGCCAUACAUGGCUCCUGGUCCUCGUCCCGCACUAUCAGAGAACUCGCUCGCCGAGACGAACCCAGCAAGACAUACGGCUAAUGCAGAAGGUUUGCUGUGUGACAUGACAGCCGAAUCCGAGAACCUUGUCUCGGUUCGAUCGACCUUCGAUACCGUUGCAUCGAAAGGCACAGCUUCCAUCGUAGCAUCUGUCAGCCUGGUGCGCUUAUCGGAAAUUCCAGUGCGAAACAUACGUGAUAUUCGCCCCUUGAUACUGCGUGGAACGCCUGCACGGGUGUCAUGCAAGGCACGGGGAACGUUGCGAAGAUCGUCCCAGUAGUGGGACGUUGAUUCAAUAGUAUCGCGCUAAACAGCCGCGCACGUUGCGGAAAGGAUCAUCAGCGGCGACGAUUUGACAUCGAGGCGCUGUGGUCAAGGUAUUAAAGAAUCGAGCCGCUUGCGAGGAGCUACAUAUGUAUGGCGGAAGAAUCAUCAAGCUGCGUUUCCCAGUCGAAUAUCCUGAGGAUCGGAAAGAGAAUUAGCGUCAGCGUUGAAGAUCUGUUAAUCCAGUGUAUUAAAUAAAUUGGAAUGUACAUACCGGAAUAAGGCGAACACCAUGAUUAUAGCGCCUUCAGCAACCGCGAUAUGGAUUUCGUGC